UCCAACGUCUACAAAAUUCAAAGAGAGACCCCAACACGGCGCCAUAUUGAUUCGGGGUGUCAGUGAUCUGUCAGUGUGUAACAAAAACCGACGCUAUACAACUAAACAAACCCAGCUGGACACGUAAAACGCGAACACACCGUGCUGAACGGCCCGCCCCCCGGAUAAUCACCACUUGCGGUUUGUACGGCAACCAGCGGCCGCCGCCAUGACGUCCCAAUUGCUCCCGAUUAAGUUUCAGGAACACCUACAGUUAACGUCGGUGGGCAUAAAUGUGGCCAACAUUUCGUUCGCCACCCUCACCAUGGAGAGCGACAAGUUCAUAUGUGUGAGGGAAAAAGUGGGCGACACUUCGCAGGUGGUCAUCAUCGAUAUGGCAGACACUGCUAAUCCCAUCAAGAGACCGAUCACUGCUGAGAGUGCUAUUAUGAACCCAGCAUCCAAAGUAAUUGCUUUGAAAGGUAAAGCAGGUGCUGAAGCACUGAAGACCCUUCAGAUUUUCAACAUCGAAAUGAAGUCAAAAAUGAAGGCUCACACCAUGACCGACGACGUAAUCUUCUGGAAGUGGAUCAGCCCCAACACCUUGGCUUUAGUAACUGAAACUUCAGUUUUCCACUGGUCAAUGGAGGGUGAUUCCACCCCUGUAAAGAUGUUCGACCGCCACUCCUCGUUGAAUGGUUGCCAGAUCAUCAACUACCGCACAGAUCCCAAGCAAAACUGGUUACUUUUGGUCGGAAUAAGUGCCCAACAGUCCCGUGUUGUCGGUGCCAUGCAACUGUACUCCGUAGAAAGGAAAUGUUCCCAACCCAUCGAAGGACACGCAGCCUCUUUCGCCACGUUUAAAAUGGACGGCAAUCCCGAGCCUUCCACCCUGUUUUGCUUCGCCGUACGCACCGUGCAGGGCGGCAAGCUGCACAUUAUCGAAGUUGGUCAAAGUCCCGCAGGCAAUCAACCCUUCCCCAAGAAAACGGUGGACGUGUUCUUCCCCCCUGAGGCACAGAACGAUUUUCCUGUCGCCAUGCAAGUCUCCACCAAAUACGACGUUAUUUAUCUGAUCACCAAGUAUGGCUACAUCCACAUGUACGACAUAGAGAGUGCCACCUGCAUUUACAUGAACCGCAUCUCUAGCGAGACAAUCUUCGUCACCGCCCCCCACGAAUCAACCGGAGGAAUAAUCGGCGUUAACAGACGUGGACAGGUCCUGUCCGUGUCCGUGGACGAGGACAGCAUAAUCAGAUACGUAAACACCGCCCUCCACAACCCCGAUCUGGCCUUAAGAAUCGCCACACGCCUCAACUUAGCGGGCGCCGAGGAACUGUUCGUCAGCAAGUUCCAACUCUUGUUCCAGAACGGACAGUACGCCGAGGCAGCCCGAGUGGCCGCAAACGCCCCCAAGGGAAUACUGCGUACGCCCACCACCAUCCAAAUGUUCCAGAACGUGCCCACGCAGGCCGGCCAGAACAGUCCCCUUUUACAAUACUUUGGCAUACUCUUGGAUCAAGGACAAUUGAACCGGUAUGAGUCGCUGGAGCUGUGCAAACCAGUACUGUUGCAGGGCAGGAAACAACUGCUGGAAAAGUGGCUCAAGGAGGAGAAGUUGGAGUGUAGCGAGGAGCUCGGAGAUUUGGUUAAGCAGGCGGAUCCCACUUUGGCACUAGCCGUUUACUUGAGAGCCAACGUACCCGCUAAGGUUAUUCAGAGCUUUGCCGAGACAGGGCAGUUCCAGAAGAUCGUAUUGUAUGCCAAGAAGGUGUCCUACACGCCCGACUACAUUUUCCUCUUGAGACAAGUGAUGAGGAGUAACCCAGAUCAAGGCGCCACGUUCGCCGCCAUGCUAGUGGCUGACGAAGAACCUUUGGCUGACAUCAACCAAAUUGUGGACAUCUUCAUGGAACAAAACAUGGUACAACAAUGCACCGCCUUCUUGCUGGACGCACUGAAGAACAACCGUCCCACCGAAGGUCAUCUGCAGACCAGACUUUUAGAAAUGAACUUGAUGAGUGCCCCACAAGUCGCCGACGCAAUUUUAGGCAAUAACAUGUUUACCCACUACGACAGGGCGCACAUUGCGCAGCUGUGCGAGAAGGCGGGACUGCUACAACGUGCCCUCGAACACUACACGGACUUGUACGACAUUAAACGAGCGGUCGUGCAUACCCACUUGCUGUCCGCCGAUUGGCUGGUCAGCUUCUUCGGCACACUAAGUGUCGAGGACAGCUUGGAGUGUCUUAAAGCCAUGCUAACGGCCAACAUUCGCCAGAACUUGCAGAUCUGCGUGCAAAUUGCCACUAAAUACCACGAACAAUUAACAACUAAAGCCCUUAUUGACUUGUUUGAAAGCCACAAGAGUUAUGAAGGGUUGUUCUACUUCCUUGGCUCUAUUGUUAACUUCUCUCAAGACCAGGAGGUCCACUUUAAAUACAUACAGGCGGCCUGCAAGACGGGACAGAUUAAAGAGGUCGAACGCAUUUGUAGGGAGUCCAAUUGCUACAACCCGGAGCGCGUGAAGAACUUCCUCAAAGAGGCCAAACUAACUGAUCAGCUGCCUUUGAUCAUCGUAUGCGAUCGCUUCGAUUUCGUGCACGACCUGGUGCUCUAUCUGUACAGGAACUCGCUGCAGAAGUACAUCGAGAUCUACGUGCAAAAGGUCAAUCCGAGCCGUCUGCCCGUGGUCGUCGGCGGUCUUCUGGACGUGGACUGUAGUGAGGACAUCAUCAAGAACCUGAUUCUGGUCGUGCGCGGCCAAUUCUCCACCGACGAGCUAGUCGAGGAGGUCGAGAAGAGGAACAGAUUGAAGUUGCUUCUGCCUUGGUUGGAGAGUCGCGUCCACGAAGGUUGUGUGGAACCGGCCACACACAACGCCCUGGCUAAGAUCUACAUCGACUCCAACAAUAACGCCGAGCGUUUCCUUAAGGAGAAUCAGUGGUACGACUCCCGGGUCGUCGGUAGGUACUGCGAGAAGCGUGAUCCUCACCUGGCUUGUGUGGCGUAUGAAAGAGGGCAAUGCGAUCGUGAGUUGAUCGCCGUUUGUAACGAGAAUUCCUUGUUCAAGUCGGAGGCUAGAUAUUUGGUACGUCGCCGUGAGCCCGAGUUGUGGGUGGAGGUGUUGCAGGAGAGCAACCCGUUCAGACGCCAGUUGAUCGACCAGGUGGUCCAGACAGCAUUGAGCGAAACUCAAGAUCCCGAAGACAUUUCUGUUACCGUUAAAGCCUUUAUGACCGCCGACCUGCCCAAUGAGCUAAUCGAGUUAUUAGAGAAGAUCGUGCUGGAUAAUUCCGUCUUUUCGGACCAUCGCAACUUGCAGAACCUGUUGAUUCUGACGGCCAUCAAAGCUGAUGCCACCAGAGUUAUGGAUUACAUCAACCGAUUGGAUAAUUACGACGCCCCGGAUAUCGCCAAUAUUGCUAUCAACAAUCAUUUGUACGAGGAGGCCUUUGCCAUUUUCAAGAAGUUUGACGUUAACACUUCAGCCAUCCAGGUGCUGAUUGAACAAGUCAACAACUUGGAUCGUGCCUACGAAUUCGCUGAAAGAUGCAAUGAGCCCGCAGUUUGGUCCCAACUGGCCAAAGCUCAGUUAAACCAAGGCCUGGUAAAAGAAGCCAUCGACUCCUACAUAAAGGCGGACGAUCCUUCUGCCUACAUGUCAGUGGUGGAGACCGCGUCCAAGAACAACAGUUGGGAGGACCUGGUCCGCUAUUUGCAAAUGGCUCGCAAGAAGGCGAGAGAAAGCUACAUCGAAUCCGAAUUGAUCUACUCGUACGCGAAGACAGGACGUCUGGCCGACUUGGAAGAGUUCAUUAGCGGCCCGAAUCAUGCGGACAUCCAGAAGAUUGGCGACAGGUGUUUCGAGGACAAGAUGUAUGAUGCCGCCAAGUUGUUGUACAACAACGUCUCCAACUUCGCCAGGUUGGCCAUCACUUUGGUCCACCUCAAGGAGUUCCAGGGUGCGGUUGAUAGUGCAAGGAAAGCCAACAGCACAAGAACGUGGAAGGAGGUGUGCUUCGCCUGCGUGGACGCCGAAGAGUUUCGUCUGGCCCAAAUGUGUGGCAUGCAUAUUGUUGUGCACGCCGACGAGCUUCAGGACCUCAUCAACUACUACCAAGACAGAGGUUACUUCGAAGAGCUAAUCGGGCUCUUGGAGGCUGCCCUAGGUUUGGAACGUGCCCACAUGGGUAUGUUCACAGAACUGGCCAUCUUGUAUUCGAAAUACAAGCCAGCCAAAAUGCGUGAGCACCUGGAAUUGUUCUGGAGUCGAGUCAACAUCCCGAAAGUGUUGCGUGCUGCUGAACAGGCACAUCUGUGGGCCGAGUUGGUGUUCCUGUACGACAAGUACGAGGAGUAUGACAACGCGGUGCUGAGCAUGAUGGCCCAUCCCACAGAGGCGUGGCGUGAGGGACAUUUUAAGGAUAUAAUCACCAAGGUGGCGAACAUUGAGCUCUACUACAAGGCCAUUCAGUUCUAUCUCGACUACAAACCUUUGCUUUUGAACGAUCUGCUUUUAGUUCUCGCCCCCAGAAUGGACCACACCAGAGCCGUCAGCUUCUUCACCAAAACCGGCCACCUGCAACUGGUUAAAUCAUACCUUAGAUCAGUACAAAACUUGAAUAACAAGGCCAUAAAUGAAGCUCUUAAUUCGCUUUUGAUUGAAGAGGAAGACUUCCAGGGUCUCCGCACUUCUAUUGACGCCUUCGACAACUUCGACAACAUUGGUCUGGCACAGCGUUUGGAGAAGCACGAGUUGACAGAGUUCAGACGCAUCGCCGCUUAUUUAUACAAGGGCAACAACCGUUGGAAACAAUCAGUCGAAUUGUGCAAAAAGGACAGAUUAUUCAGGGACGCGAUGGAGUACGCGUCGGAGUCCAGGAGUCAAGAGUUAGCCGAGGAGUUGCUGGCUUGGUUCUUGGAACGCAAGGCCUACGAUUGUUUCUCAGCCUGUUUAUACCAGUGUUAUGAUUUGCUGAGGCCCGACGUGAUCCUGGAGCUGUCUUGGCGCCACAACAUAACAGACUUCGCGAUGCCCUAUUUCAUUCAAGUGACCAGGGAGCUGACGCAGAAGGUGGAGAAGCUGGAGCUGUCUGAUGCGCAAAGACAGAGUGAAGCAGCCGAAGAAACCAACAAACCGAUGAUGAUCCCCGAGCCCCAGUUGAUGCUGACAGCUGGUCCAGGCAUGGGCAUUCCUCCACAACAGUACGUUCAACCGCAGGGUUACGCCCAACCCGGUUACGCACCCCAGAUGCCCUACCAAGGCUACCCGGGGAUGUAAUAAUGCACCGUUUUUAAGAAAAAAUCCUAGUUGCGUUCAUUUUUAGCCGAUUUGCAUAUAGUUAAACGAACGUUUUUUAGCCAGAAUUCAAGGACGAACAAACAGGUCGAAAUACCAACACCGUUCAGAUAUAUAAGGAAAUCAAUAUUUCGGAUUAUUUUGUAUAAUAAUUUUUAUUAAGCGUAGUAUUUUCUGUUUUUUAAGGCCGCGGCAGUGCGGGUACAAUAUUAACUGAUUGUACUGUACAUAUACACGUGGACAUUGUAUUUGUUGUAAGCAAAAAACAUUAAUUAAAAUAUGUUCUAUGUUAUUUGUACUGUAAUAUAACUUGGAAGUUGCACUACAUCGCCAAAGAUUGUCCGUUCACACACAGAUUUUACAUAUUAAGUGUACUCUUUUGGUAUGGCAAUUUUACAAGUUAUGUAAUUGUGUAUGUUCUUUCAUGCAAGCAUCAUUCCUUUAUUCUCCCUUUAUUAUUAAUAUUAUAUUAUUUAAUUAAUUAUUAAUUAUAAAAUAAUAUGUAUAUGCUGAAUAUAUAAUAAAAUUAUCAAUGUUUAA